AUGGUUCGCCGUCAAGCUUCUUCGACAUCCUCAGCUGCUGGCAGUACCUCAACUUUGGUCGCUGACAGUGCCUGUUCCAACGGGCCUUUCACAAGGUCUUGCUGGACAGAUGGAUUCUCCGUUGCUACCGACUUCGAUCAAAAGUUUCCCACGACUGGCAAUACCGUUAGCUACAACCUCGAGAUCACAAACACAACGUGCAAUCCUGAUGGUGCGAAUGAGCAACAAUGCCUCCUGAUCAAUGGUCAACUACCAGGACCUGUGAUCAGAGCCUCCUGGGGUGACACUCUUUCCAUCACCGUUACCAACUCUAUGCAGGAUAAUGGCACAUCCAUUCACUGGCAUGGAAUCAGACAAUUCAAUUCACCCGGAAUGGAUGGUGUGAACGGUGUCUCCGAAUGUGCUCUUGCUCCAGGCCAAACCAAGACAUAUACUUUCAAGUGCACACAGUAUGGCUCUUCAUGGUACCAUAGCCAUUACUCAAGCCAGUACGGCAUGGGUGUGGUGGGAACCAUCUUAAUUGAUGGUCCAGCGACUGCCAACUACGACAUCGAUCUCGGCACAUUCCCUAUGAUGGAUUGGUACUACAAGAAUGCCGACGUCGUCAACACCUUGGCCCUCAUCAACUCUCAAGCUGGAGGCGGUGCUCCUCCUUCGGAUACAUUGCUACUUAACGGUACGAACAACAACGGUGCUGGUGGCAAGUACCAGUCGGUCGCACUUACAAAGGGCAAGAAGCACCGUCUGCGAUUGAUCAACACUUCCGUCGACAGCCAUAUGUUGGUAAAACUGGACGGUCACUCUUUCAGUGUCAUCGAAGCCGAUUUCAUCCCUGUCGAAGAAUCAGCCGUUGAUGGCUGGCUUUUAAUCGCUAUCGGCCAAAGAUACGAUGUUGUCUUCGAGGCCAACCAGACUUCCGGCAACUACUGGUUCAGAGCUGAGGUUGCCACAGAAUGUGGAAGUGUUAGUAACGGCAAUGGUCGUGCGAUCUUUAGAUACGACGCUUCCGAUACCUCCACUCCAGAGGACACCACAGAAACCCCUCCAACUGUAGAAUGUAUAGAUUUUCCUACUAUUCCCUACUGGAAGCAGUCGGUGGACAAGGACGACUUCGCUCAGCAGGCCAAGACUUUGAGCACUGGCUUUGGUGAGGGUGUCACUGUCAAUGGAGAGAGUCUGCUUUUGUGGCAUUUGAACACCACUGCCAUGUCCAUCCACUGGGACAAGCCUACGCUGGGCUACGUCUUCAACGGCAGCACUUCCUACCCUCAGGAGUAUGAUGUGAUCGAAAUUCCCAACGAAGGCGUUUGGACAUACUGGGUUAUUCAGCAAGUCUCUGGAUCUCCACCCAUCACUCACCCUAUUCAUCUCCACGGUCACGAUUUCUUUGUUCUCGGACAUCAAGCGUCAUCAACCUUCGAUGCUUCAUCCAUGAUUGACCAACUCAACUUCGAUAACCCACCCCGCAGAGACACUGCUACCCUCCCUGCCUCUGGUUGGCUUGUACUCGCCUUCCCGGCAAACAAUCCCGGUAGCUGGCUCAUGCAUUGUCACAUUGCCUGGCACAUCUCUGAGGGUCUGGGAGUGCAGUUCCUGGAAGCUAAAAACCAGAUCGUUUUGCCUGAUGAGGGACAAUUCACUAGUCAAUGUUCGAGUUGGAAGCAGUAUACUGCCAACAUGGCUUUCCCUCAGAUCGACAGCGGUCUCUAAGGGUGUUUGCCAGCUAUUGUUUGGUUCUGUUGGCAGAAUAGGCGAG